UCAAAGGUCGAAGGCAAACUGUCAUGUCUGCUGAAUUGUCAGCUAAGUCGUAAUAAGAACUCAAAGUGAUUUCUUAUUCACUGCUCCGAAUAACCAUUCACCUAAACGUGAUUUAUACUUAGUAACAGACUUCUGCUGUCAUAUCCGCGCGAAUUUAAUGAGCAGCGCGUGCAAGAGGUCUGAGGAUACUGUCUUGGAUUGUUGUGGAGGACUCAACAACGUGGAUUACUCCAAGGUGGACAUGUCCGUCCUGUCCGAUGUCUUCCAGCUGGUGGACCUGCUGGAACCGAGGUUUUGUGUUGCUGUGAUUGCCAUAAUAUUCAACCCGUUCUUCUGGAAUGUGGUGGCUCGAUGGGAGCACAGGACUCGAGGGCUCACUCGGAUGUUUGGGAGUCCCCAUGUGGCCUGCUACAGCCUAGCCACAUCUAUUCUGCUUCUCAACGUCUACCGAAGUCACAGCAUCACCGUGGCGAUAAAAGGCCAGCCCAAGUGUGCGAUGAUGGACAGGUGGGAACUGUUCCAGGUGGGAGUGGCUGUCAUGGCAGCCGGCUCUCUGCUCGUCCUCAGCAGCUUUGUGGCACUGGGAAUUACAGGAACAUUCCUGGGUGAUUACUUUGGAAUCCUGAUGGAGAAGAAGGUCACUGGCUUCCCGUUUAACGUCAUGGAGAACCCCAUGUACUGGGGCAGUACACUCAACUACCUGGGCCUGGCCCUCAUGGCCCAGGUCUGGCAGUAUUUUGCCUUCAGGUCCAGGUGUUGUUGAAGGCCUUGUUCAGAAGGGGAUAGGAGGACCAGAUCAUCUGCAAAGAGCAGAAAUUUGACCUCUGUGUUCUGGAGGGCGAGUCCAGGGCCUGCAGACUGUUCCAACUGCAUCGCUAACUCAUUGAUGUAGAUGUUGAACAGAGUUGGACUCAGACUGCAACCCUGUCCCACUCCUCGUUUCUGUGUAAAGACUUCUGUUUGUUUUUUUCCCAAUUUUUUUACACUGCAUUUAUUGUUUUAAUACAUUGAUUUGAUCACAUCAUAUACUUUACCCCCUACACCAGUUUCUAAAAGUUUGUAGUAUAGUCGGUUGUGCCAGAUAGAGUCAAAUGCUUUUUUAAAGUCAACAAAACAUGCAAAUAUUUUCCCAUUUUUCUUAUCUUUUACGCAUUUGUUGAUUAGGGUGUGUAGGGUGUAAAUGUGAUCUGUAGUACGAUGGUUUGGAAGAAAGCCAAUUCGGUUUUUACACAGGGUAUUGUGCUUGCAUUCAUUGGAAGGUUUCCCCAGAUUACUGUUCAUACAGAUACCUCUGUAAUUAUUAGGGUCCAAUUUGUCUCCACUUUUAUGAAUUGGUGUAAUAAUUACUUGAUUCCAGAUGUCAGGAAAACAGCCUGAACUUAGAACAAGAUUGAAUAAUUUAAUAAUUGCAUUCUGCAUCUCGGGUGUGCUCAGCUUAAGCAUCUCACUCCUGAUGUUAUCUUGCCCACAAGAUUUACUGGGCUUUAAAGAUCUAAUU